AUGCAGGCUGGUGCCACCAUGCUCUCCCUUCGCACCGCCGUGCGGAGAGCUUCCUCCAAGCCCCUCCGAUCGCUCUCCGCACCGCACACCGUCCGUUCGCCCGCUCGCCAUGCGCGGAAGACCACCACCGCUGUCUCUCCUCAGCAGCGCCGGGGCUACUCGCGUGCCACCGACCCUCACCUCACCUCCACCCGCAGCACUGUCGUCCAGCUGCUCAGCAACAUCGGCUCCAAGCGUGAGGUCCAGCAGUACCUGUCCCACUUCACCUCCGUCUCCUCCCAGCAAUUCGCCGUGAUCAAGGUCGGCGGUGCCAUUAUUACCGAGCACCUCGAGACUCUGUCGUCUGCUCUGGCUUUCCUCAACCAUGUUGGCCUCUACCCCAUCGUCGUGCACGGUGCCGGGCCCCAGCUGAACCGCAUGCUAGAGGCUGCGGGCGUGGAGCCCCAAUUCGAGGAUGGGAUCCGGGUCACUGAUGGUAAGACAUUGGCGCUGGCGCGGAAGCUGUUUCUCGAAGAGAAUAUGAAGCUCGUGGAGGAGUUGGAGCGGAUGGGCGUGCGUGCUCGUCCCAUCACUGCGGGCGUUUUCUCUGCCGAUUACCUCGACAAGCCCAAGUACAAUCUGGUCGGUAAGAUCAAUGGGGUUGAUAAGACUCCCAUUGAAUCUGCUAUUGCCGCGGGUUGCUUGCCUAUUCUCACUUCCAUGGCGGAGACCCCUGAUGGCCAGGUGCUCAAUGUCAAUGCGGACGUGGCUGCCGGUGAGCUCGCUCGCUCUCUGCAGCCGCUGAAGAUUGUGUACCUGGCCGAGAAGGGCGGUCUGUUCAACGGUGAUACCGGUGAGAAGAUCUCUGCCAUCAAUCUCGACGAGGAGUACGACCACCUCAUGAGCCAGUGGUGGGUGCGUCACGGCACUCGCUUGAAGAUCAAGGAGAUGCAGGACCUGCUGGCCGACCUGCCUCGCUCAUCCAGCGUUGCCAUCAUCCACCCUGCCGACCUUCAGAAGGAACUGUUCACCGACUCUGGUGCUGGCACUCUGAUUCGUCGGGGUAACAAGAUUCAGGUCAAGAGUUCGCUCUCCGACUUUGAGGACCUGCAAACCCUGAAGGAUGUACUGGUUCGUGACCGCGAGGGUCUGGAUGCCCGCGCCGUGGUUGACCGCUACGUUGAUGGUCUGCAGCAGCACGAGUUCAAGAUCUACUCCGAUGAGCCGAUGGAAGCUCUUGCCGUUGUACUUCCCCCGCAGCAGGGUGCCUUGAUGGCCCAUCUGGCGACCUUCGCUAUCACCAAGUCCGGCUGGCUGACAAACGUGGCCGACAAUGUCUUCGCCAGUAUCAAGAAGGACUUCCCCAAGUUGGCGUGGACCGUCAAGGAGGACGACGAGAACCUGACCUGGUUCUUUGACAAGGCCGACGGCAGUCUCAGCCGUGACGGCGAGGUUCUGUUCUGGUAUGGCGUCGAAAGCGGCGAGGAGGUCAAGCAGCUUGUCCAGGAAUUCAACAAGCAUGGCCGCCAGAUGUUUGGAGAUAUCAACCUCGAGUCGCGCCUCCACCGCGCGGCCCAGGCUGCUCUAAACAAUGUCUCGACGGGUUUUGGCGCCAGCGGUGCCUCGGCUGAGCAGAGACGCGCCUUCUCCACGACUAGCAAUGCUCUCCGGGCUACUCGCUCGAAGCGUCCUGCCGUUGCUGUGAAUGCUCGCCGCACCUAUGCCACCACCAACCCCAACCCCCCUCUGGGCGAGAAGAACGCGUCGAACACUCAGCCCGCCAAGGUUGCUCUGAUCGGUGCCCGCGGCUACACCGGGCAGGCCCUGAUCAACCUGCUCAACGCACACCCCAACAUGGACCUGCGCCAUGUGUCAUCUCGCGAGCUGGCCGGUAAGAAGCUCCAGGGCUAUGACAAGCGGGAGAUUAUCUAUGAGAACCUGAGCCCGGACGAUGUCCGCAAGAUGUCCGCCAACGGCGACAUCGACUGCUGGGUGAUGGCCCUGCCGAACGGCAUCUGCAAGCCCUUCGUCGACGCCGUCAACCAGGGCGCCGAGAAAGGCAACGUGAUCGUCGACCUCAGCGCAGACUAUCGUUUCGACCCGAACUGGACCUACGGUCUCCCGGAGCUGGUCAGCCGCUCCGACAUCGCCAAGGCUACCCGCAUCGCCAACCCGGGCUGCUAUGCCACCGCCGCUCAGCUGGGCAUCGCGCCUCUCGUCCCGUACCUCGCAGGCCAGCCAACCACCUUCGGUGUCUCCGGCUACUCGGGCGCCGGCACGAAGCCUAGCCCAAAGAACGACGUCAACAACCUCACCAACAACCUAAUUCCCUACAGCCUGACGGACCACAUCCACGAGCGGGAAAUCAGCGCUCAGCUCGGUACCAGCAUUGCCUUUAUCCCACACGUCGCCGUCUGGUUCCAGGGUAUCCACCACACAAUCAGCAUCCCCCUCAAGGAAGAAAUGACCUCCCGCGACAUCCGCAACCUGUACCAAGACCGCUACGCCGGCGAGAAGCUUGUCAAGAUCGUCGGCGAGGCACCCCUGGUUAAGAACAUCGCUGGUCGUCACGGUGUCGAGAUCGGUGGUUUUGCUGUGCACUCGAGCGGCAAGCGUGUUGUCGUUUGCGCUACUAUUGACAAUUUGUUGAAGGGUGCUGCGACUCAGUGUCUGCAAAACAUGAACCUCGCCCUUGGAUACUCGGAGUACGAGGGCAUUCCUCUAGAAUAA